GACAAAGGAUUCUCUAGAUUCGAAGCGCAUACAGCAGGAUUUACGCAAAUCGUAGCGGUGACGAAGAAAAGCAAAAAAAAAAACAAAAAAUUAAAUCAUAUACGAAUUCUCAAAAAAAAAGAAAGUGGCAUUAAAGCUGAAAACAAAUUUCACACUUACUCGUGUGCUUGUGUGUGUGCUCGACUUUGAUGAGUUAAUUGAGUAUAAAGAAUUUGGCAUACAUUGAGAAUUUUUUUCAUUCAAAGAAAUGCUAAGGGAAAUUUCUAAGGAAAUUUAUGAUUAAAUUGUCUGCUGGAAAAUAUUGAAUUAGAAAAAGUGGGUGUGUGCGUGUGUGUUCUCUUUGCAUUAUAAAAAGAAAGUAGACUAGACAAGAAAUUGCAGGGGGAAAUUGGUAAUUUAUGAUAUUAAAGGAGUCGGUGAUGGUGAUGUGAAGACAGAUAAGUAAAAAUUUUACUAAAGUUUGAAAAAGCCAAUUGAAACAAAUAAAAAUUCUCUAAAUUUUGGUGUUAAAUGAAAUUUUAAAAACCCAAGCUGUUGAUUUUGAAGGGCUGAGUGCUGGUAUUAGAUUACGAGAAAUUCUACAACCAUACGGAUUGUGAAAGAAAUCUUAUGAAUGAAGUGAUUGAAUGAAAUUUCAACAUUUUCCUAAAUUUGUGCAGAAUCAGGCAAUUGUGUUAAAGGUUAAACGAAGCAUUUUUGUCGUAAAAUACUUGAAGAAAUUUUUUAAAAAUUUAUGGCAAAACUAGUCCUCAAAAGGAAUUUGACAAAAUUGUGGAAAUUAAAGGAAAAUUUUAAAACUAAAACAUAAAAUAAGAAAAAUUGAAUUAAAAAUACACAAUCGUUACUCAAAACAAAAAUUGAUACAAAUUGAUUUAUGGUGUAGAUUGAUUAUAAAAAAAUUUAAAAAUCCUUAAUGCCUAAGUGUUGAUAAGAGCAAGAAUUUAAAAGGUCUACAGCAUCCAAAAAAAAAAGAGAAAAAUUAAAAAAAAAAUUGAAACUUGUGUUUGAAAAUCUUAAUACAGCAUUUUUUCUUCAUUGUGUGAUUUAUACCAAAACUGACCUACUUAAAACAGUGUAAAUUUUAAAGAAUUUGGGGAUACAAAUUCUUUUCUAUAAAGUUACUAUCCCCACAAAUACAUGCGCUCUGCUCUAUGCAAUUAAAGAAAAACCACAGUGAUAUAUUUUUUGUUGUUAAUUAAAAAUCAUAAUUUAAAAACAGAAAAGGUCAGUAAAGAGAAAAAACUAACAACGCGAAACCGUAAUAAAUCAUCGAUGAAACUUGACAAUAAAUCGAAAAUGAAAAGUGCAAUACAAGCAGCUACAGCAGCUCUGUCUCUCCCAACACCAACGCCAAAACCAUCAUCAUCAUCAUUGUCGUCGCCAUUGCCAUUUAUGAUUUUCACAAACGUUAAAAAUUCUGACACCGCCGGUUUGGCAACAAUAUUUGCAAGAGCUGCAGCAGCACCAUACGCACCAGCUGCUAAGGCAAACAUGCAACAGCAACAACAACAGCAUCGUUCUACUGACUUCCUCUCCAUGCUGCUGAUGUCAGCCUUAAUACCCUUUCAGUUUAUGGCCAGUGUCACCUUGGUUACGAACAGGAAUGCUGGCAAGUUGGCCUCCAUGUUUUUGCCUCUAUUGUUGCCGUUUAUGGUGUUGCAACACUCCCGGCUGGCCUUGGCCGGUUCCUGCCGUGAGGCCCAACUCUGCUGUAAUGGCCGUGAUUCAUCGUGCGUUGUGCAAAAGGCUCCGAUUAACUCCAUCAUUGAGGAUUUGAAUGAUAAACCAUGUUAUUGUGAUCAUGCCUGUCUAAAAUUGGGUGACUGCUGUAAUGAUUUCAAAGAUCAUUGUGGAGUACUGGACUGUCAAGUCAGCGAUUGGGGUCAAUGGAGUGAAUGUAAUGCCUCCUGUGGUGCCGGCAUAACGACACGUGGCCGCAAAGUUUUACAACCUGCACAAAACGGUGGUAAACAUUGUCCAACGCUAUUGCAAAAGCGUGCCUGUCAAGGCUUCCGAUGUCAUGGCCAUCGUCACGAUAAGAAAAUUUUGCGUGAGACCGCCUUACUGCUGCCAGCUGGUUUGUCACACAGCAAGCACCAUGCAAAGGACGACAACAGCACUGACAUAAAUCACAAUGCUCAGCCACACGCUCACCAUGACAGCAAUGGCAACCCAAGGAAACAUCAUCAUGAGGAAGAAUACUGUGUGGAAUUUGAAGUCUUGAGAAGCUCUAAGGCCUGUCAUAAAUUGCCACCCUAUAAUCUAUUAAUCGAAGGCGAUCGCAUUGUGGUACGCUGUGACAUGGAAGCCUAUAUACCCGAUUUCAUGACCCCUGAGGAUAGUCGCAAUACCUCCUCGCUUCGACAUCAUAAUAAUCCUUCGUAUAAGCAAAAAUUCGAUAUACCCAAUACCUCGGCGAUAAUGGACGAGGAAGAUAAUACAGAUGCCGAUAACGAUAGUGAAGAGAAUAUGAUCGAUAACAGCAGUAGUAGCAGCAGCAAUAGCGACGAGCAUGAUGAAUACGAUACUGCCUCGCUGACACAAAAAGCUUCACAGGCAACGUUGAUCACCAGCAGCACCACAACCACUACAACGACAACCACAACACCCUAUCCCCCAUUGCAAAUAAGGCAAUUCCAUUGCCGUGGCGAAGGUUUACCGGGACGCACCACCCGAUGGACAGCUUUGGCCGCACCCUCAUGUAGAGGCAAAUGGUUGAGAUUAACUUUGGAUAUACCCAAGAAAUGUACACAUCCACAGUUUGCAUUUGUUUAAAAUGAUCGGCGCACUUACUCAUUCAACACAGAAAAAAAAUCUUAAUUUCACUUUGAGUUUGAAAAAAGGGAAAGGGAAAUUAAAAAAAAAUAACAGAAACUAAAUUUAUAUUCCUUAUAAAUUAUUCUAAGGGUCAUUUAAUCAAAUUUUGAUUACAAUUAUUCUAACUGAAUUUAUUUUAGUUCUAUCCAGUUGUACUGGAUAGUUAUCGAUAUUAUGCGAUAACAGAUAAUUAUUACCCCUUAAUCGGGAUUUCCACUGACAGUACUAAAAGCAGACACACCUGAUGUG